CCGAGCUAAUCUCCCCCUCGGAAGUACAUGCCAUUCCCGGCGCGGGAAGGGGUUAAAGGCCUCCCUGAGCUCAGAAACAUGCAGGUGUCCCACGGUGCCAAAUACAGACGCCUAAACUGUUUCCAGCUCCCCCCCCCUUCCUUUUUUUCUUUUUCUUCUUCUUUUUUUUUUUUUUGCAACAAGUCUGUGGGUCGGCAACGGGACAGAGGCAGUGCAGCAGCUCGUCGAUCACAGGCAUCGAAGCUGCUCUCUCCAACUUGCUGCCGGGGCCUCCAGCGAAGCUACUUUCUCUUCAAAUUGAGGGGUGGGGUGGGGGCGGAUUGCUCCCGAAACCUUUUCAUCUGGACGGUCGAAAGCUGGGCAGCGUAGUCUGACUCCGGGGCAGUGGGAAAGCCUCGAUGGGGUUGGGAGGGGCAGGUGUAUCCCAGUCCCUCGGAGGAAAAGAAGUGAAAUCCAGGGUGGGUGCUAGGCCAGCUCUAGCUGGGGGGAAGAUUUUUUUUCUCCCUUGGAGAAGCCUCUGCGAGGGGACCAUGUGGUCCUGGCGCUUGUGGGUCUGUUGGGGACCUCUAGCUGCCUUGCUGCUCCUGGAGAUGCCACCCGUGGGCCAGGCAUUGCCUCCUAUUCGGUAUUCUCACGCUGGGAUCUGCCCCAACGACAUGAACCCCAAUCUCUGGGUUGAUGCUCAGAGCACCUGCAAGCGGGAAUGUGAAACGGACCAGGAGUGUGAGACAUAUGAGAAAUGCUGCCCCAACGUGUGUGGCACCAAGAGCUGCGUGGCUGCUCGAUACAUGGAUGUGAAGGGCAAGAAGGGCCCCGUGGGCAUGCCCCGGGAGGCCACGUGUGACCACUUCAUGUGCCUUCAGCAGGGCUCUGAGUGUGAUAUCUGGGAUGGCCAGCCUGUCUGCAAAUGCAAGGACCGAUGUGAGAAGGAGCCGAGUUUCACUUGUGCUUCUGAUGGCCUCACUUACUAUAAUCGCUGCUACAUGGAUGCUGAGGCAUGCUCCAAAGGCAUCACGCUCACUGUAGUCACGUGUCGCUAUCAUCUCACCUGGCCCAAUACCAGCCCCCCACCACCAGAGACCACUCUUAGUCCUACCACGGUCUCCCCAGAAACUCCCAUGGUGGAUGUGGCAGCCCCAGCCCUGCUCAAUCACCCUCACCACCAGUCGGUCCGUGUAGGUGAGACAGUGAGCUUCCUCUGUGACGUGGUGGGCCGACCUCGGCCAGAGAUCACAUGGGAGAAACAGCUGGAGGACAGAGAAAACGUGGUGAUGCGACCAAACCACGUGCGUGGCAAUGUGGUUGUCACCAACAUAGCCCAAUUGGUCAUCUACAAUGCCCAACCCCAGGAUGCUGGCAUCUAUACCUGCACGGCUAAAAAUGCUGGGGGGCUCCUUCGUGUCGACUUCCCUCUGUCUGUGGUGCGGGGGGAGGUGUCAGUUUCAGAGCAUGGGCCAAAUGGGACGGCCUUCCCCAUGAACGAAUGCCUGAAGCCGCCUGAUGGGGAGGACUGUGGGGAAGAGCUGACCCGUUGGCACUACGAUGCCCAGGCUAACAACUGCUUCACUUUCACCUUUGGCAAUUGCUACCACAAUCACAACCACUUUGAGACCUAUGAGGCAUGCAUGCUGGCGUGCAUGAGUGGACCCCUGGCUGUGUGUGGUCUGCCUGCCCUGCAGGGCCCCUGCAAAGCGUAUUCCCCUCGCUGGGCGUACAACGGGCAGACUGGCCAGUGCCAGUCAUUCGUCUAUGGAGGCUGCGGGGGCAACGGGAACAACUUUGAGAGCCGAGAGGCUUGUGAGGAGACUUGCCCCUUCCCUCGGGGGAGCCAACGCUGUAGAGCCUGCAAGGCCCGGCAGAAGCUGGUGACGAGCUUCUGCCGGAGCGACUUUGUCAUCCUUGGCAGAGUCUCAGAGGUGACGGAGGAGCCAGAUUCUGGACGAGCCCUCGUGACUGUGGACGAGGUACUGAAGGAUGAGAAGAUGGGGCUGAAGUUCCUGGGCCAGGAGCCAUUGGAGAUCACCUUGGUGCAUGUGGACUGGGCCUGCCCCUGCCCCAAUGUCACUGUCAGUGAAGCACCACUCAUCAUCAUGGGAGAAGUGGAUGGCGGCAUGGCGGUGCUUCGGCCAGAUAGCUUUGUAGGGCCUUCUAGUGUCAGGCGGGUCAGGAAGCUGCGGGAGGUCUUGCACAAGAAGACCUGUGAGCUCCUUAAGGAAUUCCUUGGCCUUCACUGACCCUCUUCUCUCCCUGUACCACUCCUCCCUAGUCCUUUUUCGUCCCUUGCUCCCUCCCCCAAAUUAUCGUCUUGAGCAUAAAUACACCCGGCAUAGUUAGGACCAACUCUGAGUCUUACUUAGGCCAAUAAGAAAACUCCAAAAAAAAAAAAUCAGUCAGGAGCAAGCCACCAUUUCCUGAGGCUACUCCUGAGAAGCAAAUCUUUAGUCCGGUUAAUUUUGUUUAGAAAGGGGUCAGCUUCUCCUCUAGCCUUUCUCCAGCCAGGUGAUUUAAGAGGCAGUUUACUGAUGUAGCCAGUUUUCUCUGGGGGUCUCCUCUAACCUUCCUUGGUACCUUUUGCUCCUAUUCUAUUAUGCCUAAAAAAGGCAGACCUGAGUCUCAUUCUGGGUUCUGUAACAGUGAGAAAGAAAGUGUGUGUGUGUGUGUGUGUGUGUGUGUGUGUGUGUGUGUGUGUGUGUGUGUGUGUGUGUGUGUGAUAGUCACAGAAAAGACUAGAUAAGCUGGAAGAAGGGAAAGAAAGAGAAUAGGGAACAGUUUGUCCUGGCCUGCUGUGGCCUUGUUGGGGGCGGAAAUACCUUGAGUUAAAAUGGGUGUGGCUGCUCCAGGCAAAAAUCCAGGAUUGGUGGAGGGGAUACUGGAGGAGGGGAGAGAGUCCUCCACUUUGAGAGCAGAACCUAAAACAUGCCCUCAACUGAAGGCUGAUGGGAGCUUUGGAGGGCAGGCCAUCCCUCCCUCCACCUGGUGGGUGACCCAGUUUUCAUAUGUGGACCAGGUGUCUUUGGGUGGGAGCUAGUCUGUGCUUUGGAAAAACAUACCCUGGGGUGCUUAAUGUUACAAAGACAUCAACAGGGUGCUUUCCUUCAGCUUGGCUGCUAGAGAGGGCUGGGGAAGCAGACCCAGUUCUGUUCUGUUCUAUCUCUGGCUACAUCCCUGAAGGAAAGGUAAACAACACCCGAGAAAUCUCUAGCAGAGGCAGGGCAAAAGGGCCUGUUGCUUAGUUCCUGAUGCCCGUCACCCGAUUAUCCAGCUUGUGAAGAGCUCCAUUUCUGUACUGCCUCCCCAAGACUCCCCCAGAGGUACACUAAUCUUAGCAAAAUUAAUUUCCACAGAGUCUACAGAACAUCACUUCAGCCAGUCCAUGCCAAGCCCCAAACCCCAAAAUGGAGACUGGGGGACUUUAGGACAUCACCUUCUUUUAGGAGAUAACUGGGCAAGUUUCAGGCUAUCAUCUCUAUAUUAGUGCAGGUUUCUAGUUGGGGAAGUCCCCUGCCUGGAUAUAGCAGCCUUAAGUGACACUAUCCUCAUUUCAUCCCAACCCAUUCCAGGCACAAGUGUAGGGGCAUACAUAUCAGACCUAACCAGAGCAAUUCUUGGAGACUUUCCUCUUAGAUACCAUUUUUUAAAAAAUCUCCUUCCAUAGGCAGGAAACUGAGGCAUGCAGUUUCCUUCCUUCUCCCAAACAGGAGUCCUGAGAUAGAUGUCGUGAUUUUUUUCUGGCUGAGAGUUUGGGCCUCUCUCCAGUAGCUUGUUCGGUUAGGAAAGUAAAUGUGACAAAAAUUACAUUCUCCAGAUUCUAUCAUCUUGGUGUGAGUACUUGGGUGCUCCUAGGUGCACAUGACUUAACUAUCACCUGUAUCUAGAAAAUGCUCCUUUUUUGUCCUUUGAUUAUCUGCACACACACACACACACACACACACACACACACACACACAUGCAGUUUCUGAACAUGUCGAGAUCAGGAGCCACUUUGCUUUCCUAUUCUGAAAAUGACAUGGGGGACAAAAUCCAUUUCUAGAUAAAGAUAUGGGAGAGGAAAAGAGGGAGAAGGGAGGAGGAAGGGGAGAGGAGCCAGUCUCUUUGAAGGGAUGGAAAUGUUGCUCACUGCUACCAUCUGGUGGUCAAAUCAGGAAUCAGUAGGACAUGGAAUCAGAGCUCAGUCUAGAGAAAGAAAUUGAGACCCAGAGAAACCUUGUCCAAGGAUAUUAGCCAUGAGUGCCUGACUUCAUAGUAGGUGCUCAAUAAGUGGUUGGCUGAUUGAUUAUUGAUUAAAUGAGGAUCUGAGAUUAGAACAGGAAUCACAAGAAGUCAGGGUCAUCCCUCUGUUGUUGGAGCUUAGAAUACGAAGCUAUUCUGCCUAGCCAGACUUCAGAAAUCAUCUCAGGUCAUUUUCCAGGAAAGUCACCUCAGAUGAUUUAUCACGGCCAGUCACCAUGAGAUGACGUCACUUGAUCAUGUAAUUUCUCCAACGCAGCACACCUAAAGGAGUGACCACUUAUUCCUUAACUAGCAUCUGUUAUCUCAUCUUCAUUUCCUUCUGCUGAACCUUAAACAACAAAAAGUUGAACAGUGAAACAUGUCUGAGUAAACAGAUCACCACACCACACACACCCCUUCCUCUUCUCACCAUACCCCUCACCCCUUUGCCUCAUCAGGAGAGCACAGAGGGGAAGACCUGAGACCCCAACCAUGAGAGGGUCACUGUGGGGAGUUUCUGUGUCUUUCCUGAGUGUCUGGAGAGAGAAGUAUAAUUAAA